GUUGCAUAGGAAAUAAGAAGCGAUGAGAAAUGAGAAAACCAUUUAUUUACAACUCGGUGGAGCGAAGGCGAAGAUUUCGAAGCUUACGUUAAAAUUAAAUCGUUAACAAGUCCGCAUUUCCUCUCUAUAAGUUAAGCAUUGUAUUCUUCCUUUCUCUGCAUUCCAUGGGUUCCUCCGCUGCCAUUCCAUCUUUCCACUGUCUCACAGACACCAUGUCUCAUAUGCAACCCUUGCUUCAAAAGCCAGGUAUAAUUCCCAUCCAUAGUGUUGGAUGGAACUCUCAAAGCAGGCUUUUCACCCAGAGCUUGGCAGUUAAUUCUCACAACAAAUGGAAACGAACACUAGUGUUUUGUGCAAAAACAACUGAAGCUAUUGAUGCCACCAAGUCUGAGGCUUCUUUAGAUCGCUUUCCUGAAAAAUCUCUGGAGGGAAAACCUUGGCAAAUGUUCCCCAGUGGAUUUGAGACUCUGAUAUUAGAGGUAUGCGAUGAGACUCAAAUUGCUGAACUGAGAUUAAAGGUUGGAGAGACUGAGAUGCAUCUGAAGCGAACCGUUGGAGUAACUAAAGCGCCUAUGGCUAACAGUUCACCAACUACAACACCACCCGUUCCAACUAAACCGGUGGUAGAAUCAGUGCCUUCUAUCCCACCACCAUCACCAGCAAAGUCAUCUCCAUUUGUAAAUGAUUCCUUAGCAAAGUCAUCAAAAUUGGCAGCAUUAGAUGCUUCUGGUAGCAAUAACUAUGUUGUAGUAUCAUCUCCUACGGUUGGUGCAUUUCGAAGAUAUAGAAUAGUGAAAGGGAAAAGGCAACCUCCUGUCUGUAAAGAGGGUGAUCUAAUCAAAGAAGGGCAAGUUAUAGGGUAUUUGGAACAGUUUGGUACUUCACUUCCUGUUAAGACAGAUGUAGGUGGAGAAGUGUUGAAGCUUCUCUUUCAAGAUGGAGAAGCUGUUGGUUACAGAGAUCCUCUCAUUGCUAUCUUACCGUCAUUCCAGAAUAGCAAGUGAGCUAGCCCAUUCUAUUGUUGAGGAUUAGUCUGCGGCAUUAAUUUGUUGGGGAGCGGAGAUGCAAAUUUAAUUUGAAGUCCAGUUAUUCUUUUUGUUCUGGCAGCAAAUAGCUUAUAUUUAUAUUAGCAGAAGUUUAGUGAUAGAUUAAAAAAUAAUGGUUUGUGCUUAUAUAUUGGGCAAAGGGGUCCUUUGUUGAUGACCAAAUUUGGUAUACUUUUGCAUAAAUUGUACUAGAUUAACUUCUUAUGAUCCCUUUAUUA